UUCUUUGCGGACCGCCAUAAUAUCAAAGAAUUAGUCCCCGUACUGCAAUACACCAAUUGGUGGUCUGCCAUAGAACUUUCAAGAAGGAAGCUUUCUAAACAAGCGACGAUAAGCCUGCUGUUAAUCGACAAAUUGGCGCGAUAUGACUACUAUCAGACCGUUCGAGAUGGAGCGUCCAAGACACCGUCCGUUUCUGAUUGGUGUUAGCGGAGGAACUGCCAGUGGCAAGUCCACCGUAUGUGCCAAAAUCAUGGAGUUACUGGGCCAGAACAAGGUGGACCAUCAUCAGAGGAAAGUUGCUAUCGUCAGCCAAGACAGUUUCUACAGAGUCUUGACACUUGACCAGAAGGCCAAGGCACUCAAGGGCCAGUACAACUUUGACCACCCAGACGCUUUUGACAACGAGUUGAUGUACCAAACCCUGAAGGAUAUUGUGGAGGGGAGUGUGGUGGAGGUGCCAACAUAUGACUUUGUCACGCAUUCCAGGCUGCAGGACAGGAUCACGGUGUACCCGGCUGAUGUGGUUCUGUUUGAGGGCAUUCUGGUAUUCUACUCUCAGGAAGUGAGGGACAUGUUUCACAUGAAGCUCUUUGUGGACACUGACUCUGAUGUCAGGCUUUCCCACAGAGUUCUGCGGGACAUGAAGAGGGACAGAGACCUGGAGCAGAUCCUUAACCAGUACACCACGUUCGUCAAGCCAGCCUUCGAGGAGUUCUGUUUACCUACCAAGAAAUAUGCAGAUGUAAUUAUUCCUAGAGGAGUUGACAACAUGGUGGCCAUCAACCUCAUCGUGCAGCACAUCCAGGACAUCCUGAAUGGGGACCUCUGUAAGUGGCAGCAUGGAGGAGUGGUGAACGGGCACAGCCGGGGCAUCAAGCGGGCCUUCUCGGAGCAGGGGGACCUGGACAACGCCACCUCCAACCUUCCCCUAGGGAAGAGGGUUUUACUGGAGCCGAGCAGUCGCCCCCACUGAGGCAGCCGUGUGUGUGUGUUUACUCUCAGACUGACAGUCUACUUCUACAUACACUUUCCUAAUAUUGAGUUGCACCCCCUUUUGCCCUCAGAACAGCCUCAAUUCAUUGGAGCAUGGACUCUACAAGGUGUUGUAAGCAUUCCACAGGGAUGCUGGCCCAUAUUGACUCCAAUGCUUCCCACAGUUGUGCUAAGUUGGCUGGAUGUCCUUUGGGUGGUGGACCAUUCUUGAUACACACAGGAAACUGUUGAGCUUGAAAAACCCAGCAGCGUUGCAGCUCGACACACUUAAACCGGUGCGCACAGCCCCUACUACCAUACCCCGUUCAGAGGCACUUAAAUAUUUUGUCUUGCCCAUUCACCCUCUGAAUGGCACACACACAAUCUGUCUCAAUUGCCUCAAGGCUUAAAUCCUUCUUUAACCUGACUCCUCCCCUUCAUCUACACUGAUUGAAGUGGAAUUAACAAGUGACAUCAAUAAUGGAUCAUAGUUUUUAACCUGGAUUCACCUGGUCAGUGUCAUUUAAAGAGCAGGUGUUCCUAAUGUUUUGUACACUCAGUGUAUAUACAGAAAGUACUCAUACCCCUUGAUUUAUUCCACAUUUGUUGUUACAGCCUGAAUUCAAAAUUGAUUAAAUUCUACACACAACACCCCAAAAGGACAAAGUGAAAACAUGUUUACAAGUGUAUUGAAAAUGAAAUACAGAAAUCUCAUGUACAUAAGUAUUAAUUUAAGUCUUGCCAUAGAUUUAAGCAAUUUAAGUCAAAUAUAACUAGGCUACUCAGGAACAUUCAAUAUCAUUUUGGUAAGCAACUCUAGUGAAUAUUUAGCCUUGUUUAAAGUUAUUGUCCUGCUGAAAGGUGAAUUUGUCUCCCAAUAUCUGUUGGAAAGCAGACUAAAACAGGUUUUCCUCUAGGAUUUUGUCUGCUUAGCUCUAUUCAGUUUUUAUUUUGUCCUAAAAAAAAUCCCUAGUCCUUGCCAAUGACAAGCAUACCCAUAACAUAAUUCAGCCACAAUAUGCUUGAAAAAAUACAAACGUAACAUGCAACACUUUUAAAGAUGAUGGAUUUACAGUUCAUAUAAGGAAAGCAGUCACUUGAAAUAAAUUCAUUAGGCCCUCAUCUAUGGAUUUCACAACUGGGAAUACAGAUAUGCAUCUGUUGGUCAUAGAUACCUAAAAAAAAAAAAGGUAGCAGCGUGGAUCAGAAAACCAGUCAGUGGUCUGGUGUGACCAUUUGCCUCUCCUUUGAAUAGAGUUGACUGUUGAUUGUGGCCUAUGGAAUGUUGUGCCACUCCUCAUCAAUGGCUGUGCAAAGUUGCUGGAUAUUGGUGGGGGCAGGAACACGUUUUCGUACACUUCGAUCCAGAGCAACCGAAACAUGCUCAAUGGGUGACAUGUCUGGUGAGUAUGCAGGCCAUGGAAGAACUGGGACAUUUUCAGCUUCCAGGAAUUAUGUACAGAUCCUUGCGCCAUAGGGCCAUGCAUUAUCAAUGCUGAAACAUGAGGUGAUGACGGCGGAUGAAUGGCAUGACAACGGGCCUUAGGAUCUCAUUACGGUAUCUCUGUGCAUUCAAAUUGCCAUCGAUAAAAUGCAAUUGUGUUUGUAGGUUAUGCCUGCCCAUUCCAUAACCCCACUGCCACCACGGGGCACUCUGUUCACAACGUUCAGGAAACCGCUCGUCUACGGUAGAGAUAUGAACAUUAAAUUCUCUGGCAACAGCUCUGUUGGACAUUCCUGCAGUCAGCUUGCCAAUUGCACUCUCCCUCAACUUGAGACAUCUGUGGCAUUGUGUUGUGGCCUUUUAUUAUCCCCAGCACAAGGUGCAUCUUUGUAAUGAUUAUGCUGUUUAAACAGCUUCUUGAUAUGCCAGACCUGUCAGGUGGAUGGAUUAUCUUGGCAAAGGAGAAAUGUUUACUAACAGGGAUUUAAACAAAUUUGUGCACCACAUUGAGAUCUUCUAUUUCAUCUCAUGAAACAAGGGACCUACAUUUAGCGUUUUUGUUCAGUGUAUGAAUAGUGGUAGUGAGUGAUGUACUGUGUUGGAUUUACUCCAAACAUGUUUUGUAUUCAACACAAAGUUCAUUAGUUUGCCGCAGUUUUACUUUAGUGCCUGACUGCAAACAGGAUGCAUGUUUUAGAAUAUUUUUAUUCUGCACAGGCUUCCUUCUUUUCACUCUCAUAUAGGUUAGUAUUGUGGAGUAACUAAUGUUGAUCCAUCCUAAGUUCUGCUUUCACAGCCAUUAAACUGUUUUAAAGUCACCAUUGGCCUCAUGGUGAAAUCCCUGAGCGGUUUCCUUCCCCUCUGCCUAUUGAGUUUGGAAGGACGCCUGUAUCUUUGUAGUGACUGGGUGUAUUGGUACACCAUCCAAAUUGUAAUUAAUAACUUCGCCAUGCUCAAAAUGAUAUUUGUCUGCUUUUAAAAUGUUUACCCAUCUACCAAUAGGUGCCCUCCUUUGCAAGGCAUUGGAAAACAUCCUUGGUCUUUGUGGUAAUUAUAUGUGUGGGGUACAGAGAGGUAGUCAAUAAAAAUAUAUAUACUAGACACUUAUUGCACACAAUGAAUCCAUGCAACGUAUGUGAAUUAAGUACAUUUUUAGGCCAGUGAGACAAUUUAAAAUGUAGGCUGUAACACAGGGGUGUCCAACUCAUUCCAUGGAGGGCCUAGUGUCUGCUGGUUUUUAGUUUUUCCUUUCAGUUAAGAUAACCAGGUGAGGGGAGUUCCUUACUAAUCAGUGACCUUAAUUCAUCAAUCAAGUACAAGGGAGGAGUGAAAACCCACAGACACUCAGCCCUCAAUGGAAUGAGUUUGACACGUGCUUUAACAAAAUGUGGAAAAAGUCGAGGGGUGUGAAUACUUUCUGAAGGCACUGUGUGUGAAUAUGUAUAUAUAUAUUAAUGUGUGUGAAUAUGUAUAUAUAUAUAUUAAUGUGUGUGACAAGGGUGAGUUAAGGGCAGGCUAGGCUCCCCAUCUCUCUCCUAGACCAUGUCAGUAAAAGCAUCAAUGCUCAAAUCCAACACACCAUAUAUAUAUAUAUAUCCUGACAUGGUCUAGGAGAGAGAUGGGGAGCCUAGCCUGCCCUUAACUCACCCUUGUCACGUGCAGACUGCAGAGCAUCCAGUCAGAUAGGGAAGUCUGGAGGAAAAUGAGUCUGACACAUCAGUAAUGAUUCAUUAGUAUAUUACUGAAAUAGAUACCACUGAAAUUGCAAGCAUCAUUGAAACAGAGCAAUCACAGGUACACAACAACUCUUCCACUUUUUAAUCACUGCCUUCUAUGUGACUUUUUACCCUGUGGUGGCUUGACUACCUCUGUGACUGAAAUAGGAGUGAGGGUGAGAUGAAGGAAAACUGUCCUUUUAAUGUUAGUUUGAAGUUAAUGUCUGUUUUGAUUUUGGCUUUGCACAUUGUUUUACCUGUUGGGCUUUCACAGCCAACAAUGAAUAACUAGUAAUGUAGUAGACUUCAUGUACGACCAUGAUUCAGUGUCUUUGUUUCAUACUGAACAAAUAUAUAAAUGCAAUACAUGUAGAAAUCAGAUUAUAAUAUAUGCAUCGAAUAUUAUAGACAAAUGAAGGAUUUCAUACAAUAUGUAUCACAUUUUAAGUAUUCUUUAGACUUUGCUUCAUGAACUGUAUAUUUGUUGGAUCAUUCCUUGAUGCCAAGGUAAAUUCAUGCCUUAACUUGCCUUUAUUUUGUAAAGCAUUUUCCAAUGACCAUGAUAUUUAAGAAAUAUUACAAAUAUUACGUUCACUA